GAAGUGCUCUUUAAUAUCGCACUGUUCUAAAAGUCUCUUUCUAUCGCCGGUGCCGGUGGACGAUUCUUUACCUCUCCAGAUUCCCAGAUCAUCAGAUACAUAGGUGAGACAUGCCUGCGGUCCCCUCCCUUAAAGACAGCAGCGUCCUGGGCCCUAUCGGCACUGUGUGCCCACACGCUGCCAGGCUACGCUUCAGCAACGGGGAUGCCAACGGAUCCGCCAAGAUCCAGGAAGGGCCUUUACAACUCCCAACCAAGGGGGGCGUCAGAGACAAGCUAGAGGUGGAGGACAUGGCUGGAACCAUCCAGGCGGUGGGGGAGAGGAAGUGGAUCCGUCCCGACCUGCCCAGCCGGUGCACCUGGAGACUGGGGGGCAACCAUGCCGACUCCCCUCACACCCACCCUCAACAGACCAAAGCCCCUAAAAUCCUUACCAACAUCCUCCAGAGGAUCGGUGACACCCCGCUGGUGCGCAUGAACAAGAUCCCCAAGACCUUCGGCCUCAAGUGUGAAAUCUUGGCCAAGUGUGAGUACUUCAACGCGGGCGGCAGUGUGAAAGAUAGGAUCAGUCUGCGUAUGGUGGAGGAUGCAGAGAGAGCAGGACAUCUGAAACCAGGAGACACCAUCAUAGAGCCCACCUCAGGGAAUACAGGUAUCGGUCUGGCCCUGGCUGCAGCUGUGAAGGGUUACCGCUGUAUCAUUGUCAUGCCUGAGAAGAUGAGCAUGGAGAAGGUGGACAUUUUGAGAGCCCUGGGCGCAGAGAUCGUCCGUACGCCCACCAGCGCUCGCUUCGAUUCCCCAGAGUCUCACGUGGGCGUGGCCUGGCGUCUGAAGAAUGAGAUCCCCAACUCUCACAUCCUGGACCAGUACCGUAACCCUAGUAACCCCCUGGCCCACUAUGACACCACAGCAGAGGAGAUACUGGAGCAGUGUGACGGUAAAGUGGACAUGCUGGUGGCAGGCGCGGGCACAGGCGGCACCAUCACUGGCAUUGCCCGCAAACUGAAGGAGAGGUGCCCCGACAUCAAGAUCAUCGGUGUGGACCCUGAAGGCUCCAUCCUGGCUGAACCAGAGGAGCUGAACAAGACCGACAAGACCCAGUACGAGGUGGAGGGCAUCGGAUACGACUUCAUCCCCACUGUACUGGACAGAUCAGUGGUGGAUAGCUGGUACAAGUCUAACGAUGAGGAGUCCUUCAACAUGUCCCGUAUGCUGGUCAGAGAUGAGGGCUUGCUGUGUGGUGGCAGCUCGGGCACGGCCAUGGCAGCGGCGGUGAGGGUGGCCAAGGACCUGAAGGAGGGCCAGCGGUGUGUGGUCAUCCUGCCAGACUCCAUCCGCAACUACAUGACCAAGUUCCUGAGUGACAAGUGGAUGUUCCAGAAAGGCUUCCUGAAGGAGUCAGACAUCAUGGUGAACAAACCCUGGUGGUGGAACCUCAAGCUGCAGGGGUUGAACCUCUCUGCCCCUCUGACCGUCCUGCCCACGGUCAGCUGUCAGAAGACCAUCAAGAUCCUGAAGGAGAAAGGCUUUGACCAGGCCCCUGUAGUGGACGAGGCUGGGCUGAUCCUAGGAAUGGUUACUCUGGGGAACAUGCUGGCCUCAGUGCUGGCUGGGAAGGUCAAACCCUCAGACCCGGUCAACAAGGUGAUCUACAACCAGUUCAAACAGAUCCGUCUGACUGAUAACCUGGGGAAGCUCUCUCGCAUCCUGGAGACGGACCAUUUUGCCCUGGUGGUACACGAACAGAUCCAAUACUUGACGGACGGCUCCCCCAGCAUGAAGCAGAUGGUGUUUGGUGUGGUGACAGCCAUCGACCUGCUCAACUUCGUCACGGCCAGGGAGAAGAGGGAGAGGUCCUUCUCUGAGUGCAGUGACCUGUGACCGUGUCCCUGUGACGGCUGGGUCAUGCGCGCACACACACCUCGUGUACACACACAUUAGAACACAUUAAUUUACACAUACAGCUCACAAACAUACUUGGUGAUAUGAAUGACAAUACAAAAGAAUAUGAGGUCUUAUGAACAUGUUUGGUGGACAAACUGUUGUUGCUGCUUUCUCAUUACAUUUACGUCAUUUAGCAGACUCUCUUAUCCAGAGCCACUUACAGUAGAGAGUGCAUACAUUUUCAUAGUCCCCCCCCCGGUACUGGUCCCCCGUGGGAAUCGAACCCACAACCCUAGUGUUGAAAGCUCCAUGCAUUCAUAUAAAAGUUACAUUUUUGCUAGCUUGAUCAUAGAAUGUAAAAUGUUGACACUGCCUACAGAGGAAAUGGCCAUGUUGCUCUGUAAUGUUAAUUUAAAUGAUCAGACUGUACCCCCUUCCAUGUACUGAAACAAUAAUUGUGAAACCAAUCUUUACUGAAAAAAAACUGUUGUAAUUGUGAAAACAUCGAUCAACGUAUUUCAACACUAUGCAUAAUCAACAUUAUUGCAUAAUGACGCAACACUGCACAAUUACAAAGGUUUGGGAAACAGACCUGUGUGUGUGUAGAUGUUUAUUUAAAUGUCCAAUGCAGCUGUUUUUAUGAUUUCAUGUUCUGGGUAACAACUAAGUAUCUUACUGUGAUUUGUUUUCAAUUAAAACAUGAUCAAUAAGAAACAA